AUGGCCGACAAUUCCGUUGUACCCGCAUCCUCCAGGGUGUCUCCUUUUCCAGUUCCGGGGGAAAUACUUAAUCACAUCAUUACUUUCCUGGAUCCUCGGGGCGUUUGGAUGCUCAGCAAGACCUGCAAGUACAUGCGAGACGUCAUAAAGCCUGGGCGCAGCGAGUGGUUGGACUUCAUGCUCCAGAUGGAGUCUUGGCCAACCUUUGGCGGAGGAACAUCUCUUUUCACCGGUAGCGACUUCAACCCGAUUUCAGAUCUCAGAUUGUGGAGAGACCAUUAUUGGGUCUGCGUCGGGUGCAUGGAGCUCCUCACCCACGAGCACUUCAACAACCAAUCCCUCCUUCAGCUCGCAUACAGAAAGCUAGACCCCGAAGCUCCUGUUGUCACAUCAUGGAAACCGAGCCUGCGCGGCAAGAAGUGGGGACAGGAAGGACCCAAGUACUCGGCAUCUGACGAACAUGAACGUCUCGGUGCCAAGCGUCGCCAUCGGCUCUGCAACGAAUGCCUCUUCCGUCUCGGGAGGCUCAAGUCUAAAUGGAUCACAGCUCAAGGCACCCACGGCGGCACGCUCAAGACACCCAUCCAGAUAAGCCGGUUUGUCUGCUUCCCGAGCGCGUUGGACCGGUACUUCCCCAAUGUAGGUGAAGCGCUGGGUCUUCCGGGGCCCGACGGCGGCAUCUUCACAAGUCAUAUGCAGCGAUGGGUGCUCUACAUGGCUCGAUGCCCGACUUGCAGCGUGUGGCAGGAGCUGAGCAUGUUCCGCGUCGGGGGCUCGUUCCCGGCCUGGAGCCCAGCGCAUGACGGCGAGGGCAAUGUCCGGUACCGUGGGGGGUUGAAUCACGAGGACUUCCAUAUCGAUGACCUGACCUGCCACGCAUGUUGCUUACGCUAUCAGGGUUUUGGAUACCUGUGCGUCGACCUCUUGGACUGGUACUGCCUAUUGAUGAAGUCUACAAGAUUCGAGAUUGACCUCCAGCUCCUCAGUGGUUGGUCGGCGAUCAGGUGGAACCAGCGCCGGUUCAACCGCAAGUACAAGAAAGACAUCCGGAGGAUCCUCCAGGAUAUGGAACACAUGUACCAGAAGCGCCACCGCCCCGACAGCGAGCUGGGGUAUCAGGAGGUGGCUCUGGUCGAGAUGCGUUAUCGGGAGUUCAUUGAAAUUUGGGAGAAGAUGAGGAUGGAGGGCCAGAUCGCAUCCGGCAAGCUGACAGAGGGGAGCCUAUUCAGUUCAUGGUUCAUAAACUUCCCCAGAGUUCUAGCGACCUGGCGAUGGCUUCGGGAGUGCCAGGACGCGGUCGAGAAUGACCCUGGUCUUGGGCUCUAUCCCAACCCCGAUCGUACCAACCCCGGCAGUUUUAUCGCGUUUCUCGUCCACGACUUAAAUAACGGGAUCAUCGCCGGAAUCACAUCACUGGAGCUCAUCUACGACGACAAAAGCCUCCAACUAUCUCUUCCUUAG